AUGGUUAUUAAAACUUUGCCAGACCCAUUGACAAGACCAAAUCCUAACGGUCUUCUAAAAACACAAAAAAAUAGACGUAGUGUUUCCGCUACACAUCCAUCUAUUGAUCGAUUAGAUGUAACUCCACAACGUCAAUUACCAAAUGCUGCUAAUUUUAAUUCAAUGUGUAUUAUAACAAAAAAUGAUUUGAAUCGCAUCUACGAUAAUUUAGAUCGUCGUCAACGUGAUAAAGAUGCUAUUCAACAGGAAAUAGCUCGAAAAAAUGAUAUGGCUGAACGUUCAGCUCAAUUGACUAGACAUUGGCCAAAUACAAUUGCGGGUGCACGAGAACGUAAACUUGAAUUAAAAAAGAUUCGUGAACAAGAAGAUGAAGAAAAAAGAAAAGCAGUAGAUCUUGAAGAAGAAAAAUAUGCUGCUGAACGUCGACGAGAACAAAUUGAAACUGCUAAAAAAUUAAAAUACUAUGAAACAGAUCGUGUUAAAACAUUUCAUAGUGCUCUUCUUUUAACUGAAGUAUUAAAAGAACGCGAAUUACAACUUGAUAUGAAAAAACGUAUCCAACAAAUGCGUCAAACAGAUGAAGAUGAAGAACGUCGAGCAAUCGAAAAUGCGCAUCAUGAUUUUAAUAAAUCUGAACAAGAAAAACGUGAGAAAAAAGCACAAGAACGAGCUGCGAUAACUCAAUAUCAACUUUCACAAAUGGAACGAAAACGUGCACAAACUGCUGUUGAAAAACAACAAGAUCGAGAAGAAGGUGAAGCAUAUCGACAAUUAGCUGAACAAUAUGCACGUGAACAUAUGGAAAUUGAACGAUAUCGUAAAGCAACACAGAAUGAUAUUAAACAUAUGUAUGAUAAAGCACUUGAAAAUAAACAUAAAAUUAAAAAAAUGGAACAACAAAUGGAUGAAGACGAAGAUGAUGAACUUCGUAUUUAUGCUGAAGCUAAGAAAAAAAUUGCUCGUAUAAGACGUGAAAAAGAACUUCAAGCUCAUCAAGAAAAACAAGAUGCACGUGAUCAUAUGACUGGCUUUUUAGGUACAUUACAAAAACGAGCUGAAGCUGAUUAUGAUACACAAAUAUUUCGUGCUCAAGCACAACGAGAAGCUAAAGAAUUACGUGAAGAACAAGAAAAACAUGAAAAACAACAAAAAAUGCAAGAAUCAAUUGUUAAACAUAGACAAGCAACAAUGAAACGACGUGAAGCCGAAAAGGAAAUGGAAGAACGUCAAGAAGCUGAAAUGAAUAAGAAAAAAGAAGAAGCUGAUCAAUUAUUUCAUCUUUAUCAACAAGAAAAAGAUAAAAAACGUAAUCAAAAUGCUCGUGAUUUGGCAGAACUUCAUUUAAGACAAGCUCAAGAACGAAAAGAUCGUGAACGUGAAGUAAGAGAUAAUGAAGCACAAGAAGUUCACCGUGAUAAAGAAACAAAUGAAAUUGAAAGACAACAAUUUCAAGAUUAUGCUGGCCGUGUUAUUACGUAUAUGGAUGAAAAUGAACGUAAUACAUAUCCAUUGAAAAAAGUUUAUAACGAAGAAAUGAAACGAUUCGAUGAUUUAAGUCAAGGUUAUCGAAGAACUGGAAGUUCAAAUAGUAAUAGCGAGAAAAAACCACGUAGUCAAGAUAAAGCAGCAUUUGACAAAACGAAGAAAAAUUUAGGAUUUCAAUGGGAAAUUCCUAAUAAAUAA